GUAACAGUACGGUAGCCUGGCUGCGGAUAUCGUUUGCGCUCCGCGAGUGGCCCAGUAAGCGUGAUGAUGAUUGGCGAGCCCCCGUGCGUCUGCUGUGUUUUGGGCUUGGGGGAGGUAAAGGAGGCGGCGGCGGCAGAGGAGGAGGAGGUGUGAGUCAAGCGGCUCUCGGCUACCUCAUCUCAGCUUGAUGAUGAUCGCUGCCGUGUUUCUGGUCCUCCUCAGGCCGCUCUCCGUUCAGUGCGCGCUUUUGUUGCUGUUUCUGUUACUCGGGACCGUUGCCACUAUCGUGUUUUUUUGUAGCUGGCAACGCUACGUCGCUCGCGGGAAGCAGCCCAUCAAAUCAGCGCUCUCGGGGCGCUCCAAGUGUCGCGUGGGCCUCCGAACGCAUCAUUUUCGAUCAGAGGGCUUCAGACACAGUCCACGCCACUCCAGGAGAAGCUCACAUGCUCGAGUGACGGAGGAAAAGUCCAAUUUGGUGGAGGUCCCAGGCAAUGAGUUGGAUUCUUCAUCAAUUCUCAGGAAACGCAAAGUGAAGAAGCGAGUCCUGCCGGAGUUUUAUCAGUCUGUGCAAGUCACUCCGACACGCAAAACUAGCUCCUGUUCGGGGAACCCUUCCCUCCACUGCUCCAUGUCUUCCUCUGCGGAUUUAUCCGAGGAGGAAGAAUACAGUGUCAAAUCUGGAUCGGCAUCGCCGGCGCCUGGCGACACUUUGCCAUGGAACCUGCCCAGACACGAGAGGUCCAAGAGGAAGAUCCAGGGAGGCUCCGUUCUGGAUCCGGCCGAGAGAGCGGUGCUCAGAAUCGCAGAUGAAAGGGACAGAGUGCAAAAGAAGACAUUCACAAAAUGGAUCAACCAGCAUUUGAUGAAGGUACGGAAGCAUAUAAAUGACCUGUAUGAAGACUUGAGAGAUGGACAUAACUUGAUCUCACUGCUUGAGGUCUUGUCUGGAGACAAACUGCCGAGGGAGCGCGAUGUCCUGAAGACAUUGCGGUUGGUGAGUGGGACAGAAGCAUGGGCAGUUGAGCGGCAUGGAGACGUGCUGGAUGAUGACAAGGGGCCCAGAGAGAGAGGAAGGAUGCGUUUCCACAGGCUCCAGAAUGUACAAAUUGCACUUGAUUAUUUAAAGAGACGGCAGGUCAAACUUGUAAAUAUCAGAAAUGAUGACAUCACAGACGGCAAUCCCAAACUGACUUUGGGAUUGAUCUGGACCAUAAUACUGCACUUUCAGAUCUCAGAGAUUCACGUCACAGGCGAGUCACAGGACAUGACGGCCAAAGAGAGGCUGCUGCUCUGGUCCAAGCAGAUAACAGACGGCUACGUCGGCGUUAGAUGUGACAAUUUUACCACGUCCUGGAGGGAUGGGAGGCUCUUUAACGCCAUCAUACAUAAAUACAGACCCGACUUAGUUGACAUGAGCCGGGUAUCCACGCAGACCAACCGAUCCAAUUUAGAGGCUGCGUUCGGUGUGGCUGAACAACUCGGGGUGGCCCGAUUACUCGACCCAGAAGAUGUCGAUGUUCAGUCUCCUGAUGAAAAGUCAGUCAUCACAUACGUCUCGACACUGUACGAUGCCUUCCCUCGAGUACCUGAGGGUGGAGAAGGAAUUAGCCCCAAUGACAUUGAUAUCAAAUGGGUGGAGUACCAGAACAUGAUCAAAUACCUCAGUCAGUGGAUCAAACAUAAUGUGGCCGCAAUGUCCGAAAGAUCAUUCCCCAACAAUCCUGCUGAACUUAAGGCACUUUACACACAAUACCUGCAAUUCAAAGAACAUGAGAUCCCGCUGAAGGAAAACGAGAAGACAAAAAUCAAAGAUUUUUACAAAAUGCUUGAGGUGUGGAUCGAAUUCGGACGGAUACAUUUACCGCCCGGUCACCACCCAAAUGAUGUGGAGAAGGAGUGGGGCAAAUUGAUUGUUGCCAUGCUGGAAAGAGAAAAGAGCCUGAGGCCUGAGGUAGAAAGGCUUGAGACACUCCAGCAGGUUGCCAGCAGGGUUCAGCGAGACUGUGUUCAUGGCGAGGACAAGUUGGCGCUGGCAAGACAUUCCCUGCAAUCUGAUGUUAAACGCCUUCAAUCCGGCAUCCAAUUCCUAAAUGAAGCCGAGAUCGCCAGCUACCUUUUGGAGUGCGAGAGCAUCCUGAGACAACAAGUCGUGGAUAUUCAAGUUCUUCUAGAUGGGAAAUUUCCAUUCACGGAUCAACUAGUUCGAAGGGUAUCGAACCUACGAGAUGAUCUUCUAUCCCUGAGAGCGCAGUAUGCCUCUUUGUACAGCAAAGGCCGCACCUUAACCACAGAGCAGACCAAAAGGAUGAUCUCAGGGAUUACACAGAGCCUGAAUUCUGGCUUUUCCCAGAACAUCAGCCUAAUGCCAUCCGAGGGAGGGUUCGAUAGCUCCACGUUCACCUCGAGCUUUACGUCGUCCUUGACCCCUGGGCUGCAGUCUGCUUCAGAGCAAACCUACGUGAGCAGUGCUGGCAAUAUGGAGUCGAGCGACCUCGGGCAAAUGACACACGUGCACAUCCCCAAGCCCUUAAUGAAAUCCUCACUGGCCGACCCCAGCUUGACGGAAGAAGAGGUGAACAUGAAAUUCAUCGACGACCUGUUGAACUGGGUGGAGGACAUGCAGUUGCAGUUGGAUCGCUCGGAGUGGGGAUCUGACAUGCCAAGCGUGUCAGCGCAUAUCGAUAACCACAAAGCCGUGCACAGAGCUAUUGAAGAAUUUCAGAUGAGCCUGAAAGAGGCCAAACUGAGUGAGAGUCAGAUGAAUCUACCCUUGAAACUCACCUACUCCGAAAAAUUAAGCAGUCUCGAGAAGCAGUAUGACAAACUAGUGAGGUGUUCAAAGGAGCGACAAGGCCACCUGGAGAGCCUGCACGACUUUGUGUCGCAGGCAACACGUGAGCUCAUCUGGCUCAAUGAGAAGGAGGAAGAGGAGGUCGCGUUUGACUGGAGCGAUCGCAACAGCAACGUAGCCAAGAAAAGAGACUACCAUGCUGAUCUGAUGAAGGAGCUUGAUGAAAAGGACGAAGUGAUCAAGUCUGUGCAAGACUUCGCAGAGCGUCUUCUUUUUAAGAGUCACCCAGCUAGGUUAUCUAUUGAAGCAUACAAAGCUGCCAUGCAAACACAAUGGAGUUGGAUCCUGCAGUUGUGCUCGUGUGUGGAACAGCAUCUAAAGGAGAACGCUAUUUAUUUUGAGUUUUUCAGUGAUGCCAAAGAAUCCAUGGAGUUCCUGAGGAAUUUGCAAGACGCCAUUCAGAGAAAGUACAGCUGCGACCGGAACAGCAGCUUGCACAGACUGGAGGAUCUCAUUCAGGAAUCCAUGGAAGAGAAAGAGCAGCUUCUUCAAUACCGCAACACUGUAGCCGGGCUGAUGGGUCGGGCCAAGAAGAUUGUGCAACUCAAGCCCAGGAACCCUGAUCGCACUCUUCGGUCUUCCAUCCCCGUCAAAGCUAUCUGUGAUUAUCGACAGAUCGAGAUAACCAUUUAUAAAGAUGAUGAGUGCGUGCUAGCCAACAACGCUCAUCGGGCCAAGUGGAAAGUCAUCAACCCUGCAGGCAAUGAGGCCAUGGUGCCUUCUGUCUGUUUCACCGUGCCCCCGCCCAACAAAGAGGCUGUGGAUAUGGCUUUAAAAACAGAAGAGUUAUACCAGAAUGUCCUUUCACUUUGGCAUCGCUCCCACAUCAACAUGAAGAGCGUGGUGUCUUGGCAUUGUCUCAUGACCGAUAUACGCGCCAUCCGUCACUGGAAUGUAGCCACUUUUAAAACAAUGCUACCAGGUGAGCAUCAGCAAGUUUUGAGCAACCUUCAGUCUCAUUUCGAUGAGUUCCUGGAAGACUGUGAAGAGUCGGAGGUGUUCACCGUGGCAGACUGUGCCCAGCUAGAGAGAGACGUUGCAGGCUGCAAAGAAUACUACCAAGAACUCCUCAAAUCCGCAGAGAGAGAGGAACAUGAGGAGUCUAUGUACAAUCAUUACAUCUCGGAAAUACGCAACUUGAGGAUGCAUCUGGAGGCCCGCGAAGAGCAACUGCUCCGGCAAAUCCGCACACCUCUGGACAGAGACGACGUGUAUCCGAGUCUGCAGCGCAUCACUGAUCAGGAAAAGAAGAUGGAAGAGCUGAAUAAAUGUAAGGAAGACCUGGAUAACUUGAAGGAGAAGUGUGAGGUGUUCCUCCGACUAGCUGUUGGCUUUCCAUCGGCGCCGACUCUCUCCUCCGAACUCGGCGUUGUGGUUCAGAUCAUGAGCGAUGUGCACUCCAUGUCUUCUAUUUACAUGGACAAGUUGAAGACUGUGAGUUUGGUGGUGAAGCAUAGCCAAAGUGCAGAGGCGUUGGUGAAGGCCUACGAAUCCAAACUCUAUGAGGAAGAUGCGAUCAACACUGACCUUCACUCGAUUGAAACAGUCAUUUCCAUACUCAAGCAAUGGCGGACAGAGAUUGAUGAAAAGCAGGAAGUGUUCCACAAUAUGGAAGAUGAACUGCACAAAGCCCGACUCAUCAGUGAUCGCAUGUUUAAGGCCCAUAACGAGCGUGACUUUGAUCUGGACUGGCACAAGGAGAAAGCCGAUCAACUGAAUGAGAGAUGGCGUAACAUUCAUUCCCAAAUAGAUAACAGGCUGAGGGAUCUGGAUGGUAACAGCAAAUGCCUGAAGCUUUACAAAGACACCUACAGUAGUCUUGAUGAAUGGGUUCAAGAAGUUGAAGAAGAACAGAUUAAGGCCCAAGAAAAUAAACCAGAAGAUAGCAAGGCUCUUGCUGAACUGUUGAACAAACAGAAGGUUCUUGUUGCUGAAAUUGAACAAAAGCAGAAUCAGAUUGAUGAAUGUCAGAAAUACUCCGAACAGUGCUCAUCUGCCAUAAAGGAUUAUGAGCUCCAGCUGAUGACCUUCAGAGCAAUGGUUGAUUCCCAACACAAAUCUCCCCUCAAGAAACGCAAGAUGCAAAGCUCUUCAGAUGCCAUCCAGCAGGAGUUUAUGGAUCUUCGCACCCGCUACACGGCUCUUGUGACCCUCAUGACUCAGUAUGUGAAGUUUGCAAGUGAAACCCUGAAGAGAGCAGAAGACGAGGAGAGAUCGGUGGAUGAAGAGAAGCGAGAGCAUGGUGAUAAAGUUAGCAAACUAUUAGCUUGGAUGUCUAAUGUGAAAAAGAAAUCGAGCAGUGAGGGAAACACUUUGAAAGAUAGUAAUGCCAACACAGAUGCUUCACAUAACUCCCAGGUCUCCAUAGAAGAAAUGGUUACUAAGAAAGAGCAGAUCGCAGAAGCGGUGAGGGCCACAGAAAUGAUGCUGAACAAACACAGUGAAAAGAUGUCAGAAGAGGAGAGAGAAAAAGUCCAGGAGCAGUUGAAGGACCUCAGCCAGGCUUACAGUGACAUUUCCCAGCAUUGUUCUGAUCAGCCCACACAUGGAGAUGAGGAUGUGAAAUCCACCAGUAGAAUUGACUCUGUUUGGACCCAGGCAAUGGACGGCCUGAAUAAUGACAUUAUUGGGCUCCUCCUUCCGACCCCCGACCUCUCUCAGUCUGGGCCUCAUCUGUCCUGGGAUGAUAUUCACGAACAAGAUGCUCCUUACAAAUCAAUUGGGAAUCAUAUUCAGGAGUUAAACAGGGAGAACAAGUGCAUAAAGGAUUCAGAUGUGACCUCUGUGUCCAUCGGUGACAUCGUAGCGGCAGCGAGGGACGCAUCCAGGAUGGAUGACAUUGUUGUGAAGAUGAUAGAGGUCAAGCAAGUCAGUGAUGGACUGAACGUAUCCUACUCAGGAGAUACAGUGAGCCUUAAGACGGCAUUUCAAGAAGGCUUGAUUCCCGCUUCUGUUUACAUUAACAUUCUUCAAAGGCAUAAGACCUGCCAGGAAAUGAUGCAUGACCAUUCUACUGCAAAUGAGUCACAUUUAGAAGUGAUGCACAUCAAUAGGCUCAUAGGGGAGUGCAUAAGCGGGAAUAAAUUGCACACACCUGAAAGAGCUGUUCACACUAUGACAUUUGUCCAUGAUGGAAACGGAAUAUUAACGCUGAAUCCCACUGAGGUUAAUGUUGCUGGCCCAACAGAAAAGCAGGAUUCAAGUGUAACAGAAGGAGUUAAUUCAUCCUCUGGCAAUUUACACCAUGGGGAUGGACUAAUGGUGGAUGCUGAGGUUCAGUGUGAUUUGAUGAGUUGUAGCAGUAUGCUCAUCGUACUUGGGAACAGUCAUCAGUUCAUAGGCCUCGUGAUGCCUCGGCCGAAUGAAUCCCAAUUUACUCCCUCUUCGUCAGAGUACUAUGAGCAUCGCAUCACUGAUGUGCGUGGCAGCAGGCUGCUCAGCCGUGGAGAGAAAUUAACAGCUUUUUACAUUCCAGAAGAUUCUGAGCUCGUGGAUAUCAAUUGUGCGGUACAAAACGGUUACAUUGACGUUUACAUGGCAGACAUCUUAAAGUCCAUCGAAAUCCCAGAUGAGUUUCUUGAUCUUGAUCAACUUAAUGAAAAGUUUUCAUCCUGGCUGAUGUAUAGAAAACUCAGAGUAGAUGGAUUGAACCACGAUGGAGAUGUGUUUACUCCUACAGAGACAAAGGAGCUGUUUAUGUCCUACCUGAUGAUAAACACCUUCAUCGAUCGGAAGUCGCAACAACGGGUUUUAAUACUCGACAAGCAGUUAAUGAAAAUAAUCCAUUUUUUUCUUGAAGAUUCUGUAUUUGAUGACACCGCCCAACACAAUAUGGUGCCUUUGACUGUUAAUGUUAAAGAUAUUUCAGAGCAGAUGGACUUCAAGGUGCCAUUCAUAAGUGAGAAAGCAGAGGAGAUGGUGGUUAACGCAAAGAAUUACAAAAUGAGUCCUCAUCAUUCAGUUCCCUCAUUCGAUGGGGUACUUGAGAACAACAUGUAUGCAAAUGAUGAUCUAAGAAUUGAUUUUGUGGAUGGAAGCACAGAGGCUGUUGUGUUCUCCCAAGGCACAACCGACUACAAAACACUUGACGCUAGUUUAUACAUUGCCGAUAGUGAUGAUUCACAAUUUGAAGAAAAUAGUAUUUUCAAUGAAGAAAAGGGCAUUUUGAAUGACACACCUGUGUAUGAGCUGCCGGGAACAACUGAAGAGACCGUUUUGGACCUGUUUGCAAACCAAGAUAUAAAAGAGGAAAACGCCAUGUUGCCUAGUCCAUCCCUCUUUGAUAUAGACACUGUUAUAUCAGAAGGAAAGUGCAACCAGCCUUACCCAGAUGACAAUCUUGAUUCUCUAAAUGUGAACAAAGCCAAAGAAACAUCCAAUUCAUCCAAGAGGAAGUCUUCUCCCCUGAUAGAGGACGAUAAUCAAGUUUCAGUAUUAGAUAAUGAGACAGGAGGAAAUGCAACAGAGAUAAGUGAUGUUCAUCAUUCCCUUUCAUUACUUUGCGGUCAUGAGCCUUUGCCGCUGUCACCCAUCUUUAGGGAGGAGGUUUCUCCCGAAUGGGUCCUUCAAUUGGAAGAAUCAGCUUCACUCUCCAAUGUCACCAACUCACUGAAUGGAGUCAGUAACUUGCUGGCAGACGAGCAGGAUGAGUACGGUGAAACGGCUGCUUCAUCUGGCUCACUCAUUCCAUGCAGCCGUAUCGCUCAAGAAAGUCACAGCGAGUCAUCUAUUGGUGCUAAUCAAUGUGACAAAGUUAACUCAAUGCUCACUGAGAAUGAGUUCUUCAAAGCUGGAAAUGUGACAAAAUGUGAAUUGGGAAAAUCAUCACUUUGGGUUGCCGCUGUUGUCGGCCCUGAGAUAAGUUCUUCAUCACUUGGAGAUGCACGCAAUGGUUUAGAUGUACAAGGUGACCCUGUCAAAAAAGAAGAUGGGGACAGACUCCAGCUGGUCUUUUUUCCUUCAGAGAGUGGUUAUGCUCUUGAACCCGAACCUGGCAACUCUGAUCUCCUCAGUGAAAGAGUUUCGCAACAGUUCAAUGCAUCAUCUGUUCGAUCUGUUGUACGUGAUACAUGUACACCCAAAAAUCAUUAUAAUGAUGAAAGGUGUAAUAUAGAGGUUGACUAUUGUUUGCCAGCGUCGGCCAGUGAUCAUCUGGAACACACAUGGACUGGUUUGAGGUGCAGUCCAGUACACCCAGAAGAAAGCAAAACAGCCGUUUCUGAGGAGAACUAUCAGUCAUCAUGUGAGGAGUGGGUGGGCGAAACAAGUCAACAGAAUAUUAUGGUUCAAUCAUUUUCAAGCCCACCCCCUUCACCAGACUCCACCCAAAAAAAUGUGAUUGGAGUGAAACACAAAGGCCAUAUACUUUCCGAUCAAAAUGUGCUGGAUGUAGACAGAAAUCGUCAAGUAGUUACCAAUAUUUUGUCACUAAGCAAUGCACUGAUUUCAAACUCUGAAAAACCUUUUGUCAAUCACCACGAGGACCUGAUGAAUAAAACUUGUAACGGAAAUGAUUGUGAAAGUGCCACCAAUACAAGUCCGUCUGAUACCCCAGCUACAAAUACUGAAGAGGACUUGGGCGUUCAAAUUAAGUCAUAUAUCCAAAGUAGCGAUGAAGACAAUGUUGAUGCUAUAAUUGGAAAUGUUGGAGUGGAGUCUGACAAGCUAACUAGAAGAGGUGAAGAGUGGUUUGAUGCCGUAACCGGAAAUGUUCAAGAGGAGUCUUAUAUCCCAAGCAGAUAUGAAGAGAAUGUUUGUGCCGCUUAUGGAAAUGUUGAAAUGGAAUCUAACAACCUAACGAGAAGUGAUGAAGAGUGGUGUCAUGUGCCUCCUCUAAAAGAUGAAGACAACUCUUUUUCUCAAAAUAAAGAGUACCCUUGUGUGCCACCUGGAGAUGAUGAAGAGUGGUCUUGGCACCCGCCUAAAAAACUGGAUGUUGAUGAUGAUGCUCCAACAGUGGAAGAUGAUGAAAACAUUGAUGCUCAAACAAAAAAAUAUAAAGAUACGUCUAUGGAUCUGCCUGGAAAAGAUGAAAAUGAGACUGGUGACUCGCUUAUAAAACAUGACGAUAGAUUUGAUACUGUAACUGGAAACGCCGAAAAUGAGUGCAAUACCUUUGCUAAAAUCGAUGGAAAAGGUUUUGUUGCCCCAGUAACAAAACAUGGAGAGCGGUCUUAUGACUCAACUGGAAAGGUUGAAGAGGAGUUUGAAAUACCAACCACAAAAGAUAAAAAGUAUUCUGAUGCUCUAGCAGUCAAAGAUGAAGAGAGCUCUGAUGGCUUGGAUACAAAAGUGAAGCAAGAACUUAACAGUUUAGUUGGGGAAAAUGGGCACAUUUCGGACAAAACCGGACAACACCAAGAUGGAAAAGCUCAUAAAAUGCAGCCGUGUUUUUUGACUGUAGAUGAAGUAAUUGGAAAUGAUCAUGUACCAACCAGAAAAGAGGUUGGAGAAUCAAAGUCCACAACUGAGAGAAAUGAAGAGUCGUCUAGUUCUAAAACUGAAAAAGAUGACGAGAAGUUCACUAUCCUAGCUAUAAGAUUUGAAGAAGACUUCAGUACCCAGCAACAAAAAGAGGAACAGGGUUCUGAUGUCUCAUUGAUGAAAGAUAAAAAUGGGUCAAAUGACCCCACUAAAAGAUUUCCCAGACACGACCCAUGUGGAAAAAAUGAAGGCAGCUGUUUUCAUACAAUUAGGAAACAUGAAGAGGUGCCUGAUUCUCCAACGACAAGAGAUGAAGAUGGGUCCCAGGUCUCACUUAUAAAAAAUGAAUGUGGUUCUUGUAUGCCACCUGUAAAAGAUGAAGAGUGGUCUUUUGUCCCACUUCAGAAAGCAGAAGAUGCCUUGCUCAUCAAAGAUCAAGAAGGAUGUAAUGACACAAUUGGAAAAACCGACUCUGAUCACCGAACUAGAAGCGAUAAAGAAUACUGUGAGGGUUCAUCUCCGGAUGAAACAGAUGAGAUCGAAGAGUUUGAUGUUCUACCUGUAAUAAACUAUGAAAAUGAGUCUUCCUCAAUAAUAAGAGAUGAAGAGGGAUCUAAUUGCACAACUGUAAAGGUUAAAGAAUAUGAGAGCCUAACUAAAAAAGGUCAAGCAGAUUCUCACACACAAACUGGAAAGGCAGAAGAGGAUUGUCAUGCUCCAACUGGAAACUGUCAAUCAUACACCCCAACUAGAAAAGUUCAUGGCAACUCUGAUGCCCCAUCAGCAAAAGAUGAAAAGUGGUCUGAUGCCGCAAUAAUGAAAGAUGAAGUUUCUGAUACAAUGACUGAGAACAUUGAUACCCCGAUUAGCAGAGAUAAAAAAGAUUCUGAUGCCCCAUAUGGAAAGCAUGAAGAGAACAGUGUUGCUCCGACAAGAAAAUAUGAAAAUGUGUCUGAGGCCUGUCUGUCAAAAGAUAAACAGAGGCCUGAUGACUCACGUGUAAAAGUUGAAGGGGAAAAGGAGUCUGAUCCCUUAACUCGAAGAGACAAAAAAGACUCUGGCGCACAUUCUGGAAACCAAAAGGACAACUCUGUUGCUCCAACACAAAUAGAUCAAGAGAAGUCCGUUGCCCAACCCGUAUCUUGUAAAGAACAACCAAAAAGCCCACCUGUAAAAGAUGAAGACCGGUGUGAAGCCACAACUACAAAAGCUGAGGAAGGGUCUCAUACCUCAAGUGAAAACAUUUCCAAGGAAUCCUGUACCCCAAAUAAAAGAGAAAAGCACUCUGUACCAUCUUCAAAAGAUGAAGAGGAUUGCAUAGCUCAAAACAGAACACCUAAAGAAGAUUCUGAUGAAGAUGUGUCUUUCCCACAGCGAAAAGAUCAUGAGAACUAUUUGACACAAUCUGGAAAAGAUCAAGUGGAGCCCGAUGGCUUGCCUGUGAAAUGUGAAAAGGAUGCUGAGGCCUCACUUGAAGCAGAGUAUUGUGCCACAACAAGAGUUCAAGAGCGCGAUACCCAAACUGCAAAAGUGUGUUCUCAUACCGUAUUUAGAAAAUCUAACAAUGAUUAUGAUGCUCCAAGUAUAAAAGAUGAUGAAGAGUCUAAUGCCUCAAAUGGAAUACAAAAACCGGGGUCUGAAGUGUCAUUUUUAAAAGAUGAUGAAGCAUCUGAAACGCUACCUGAAAGCAUUGAAAAGGAGUACAGCACCCUGACUAGAAAAAAUGAACUAGACUCUGAAAACGUUAAAGAAGGCUCGGCUACCCCACUUGGAAAAGAUCAAGAAGAUUCUAUUACUCCAACAGAAGAGAAAAAUGAGUCUCAAGGUAGAACGCUCAUAAGAUAUGAAAAGGAAUCUGAUGCCUCAAUCAUAAAUGACAUAAUAGAGUAUACAGACAUAACUCAAGAUCAAGAGUGUGAUAUCCGAACUGAAGCCCAUGAAUAUUGGUGUCAUACCCCAUCUAGAAAAGAUAGGUCAGAUGUCUCACUCUCAAAGGAUGAAGAGAAGUCUGUAACAACAGCUGGAAGUAUCAAAACUAGGACCCUGACUACACAAAAUGAACAAAACUCUGAAAACGCUGAAGGCUCUGAUACCCCACCUGGAAACGAUCAUGGGAAUUCUUCUACUCCAACCAGAGAAGGUGAAGUGGUGUCUGAUGUUGAUGUUAAAAAUGAAGACUUUAAUACCCUGACUGGGAACAUUGAAGUAUUCCAUAUUCCAACCAAAAUAGAUGAAGUAGACUCUCAAACCGCACCUGGAAAAGAUGAAGAGCGUUCUGAACAGUUGUCUAAUGCCUCACCAAUGAGGGAUGAGGAGAGUUCUCAUGACCUAACUGGAAAAGUUGUCGAGGAGUCCAAAACACUCUCUCGAAGAAAUGAUGAUGCCUCUGAUGCACCACUUGGAAAAAAUAAAAAGGACUCUGAUGCUCUACCUGAAAAUGAUGAACAUGACUCUGAAGCACCACCUGAAAAAAUUGAACAAGGAUGUGAUCCCUCCCAAAUAAAUGUUGAAGAGGAGUUGAAGAUUCCAACAAGAGAUGCAGACUCUGAUAUCUUACCUUCAGAAAAUGACACAAUGUCUGAAUCCACAUUUGUAAAAGAUGAGGCGAACUCUCCAACUGGAAAAAAUGGAAAGCAGUUUGAUAGUGAAGAUGUCGCUUGCACACAGCCGGACAAAGAUGAAUCAAACCCAGAAUUCCCAACAGGAAAAGAGAACGAGGAAGCAAAUGCUUCAACUAUACAACUGCAGCUUCUGGAGGUACUUAGAAAUGUUUCCUCAGGCCAAAACCUCUCAAUGGUCCAGGAAGUGAUGGAAAGGGACACUCUCGGGGGUGACACUCCCACUCUGGAAUGUAUCAAGGAGGAGAGCUCAGAUGAUGAAUUGUUGGCAGGACUGUCUCCUAAACUCUCGGCCGACAUCAUGAAGAUCAAGAAUCAGCUCUUCUCGACACAGGAUUACCUCGAGUGUGUUGGGAGACUCCAAGAUCACGCUGAUGUUUUAGAUGACGUAAGAAAAGACCUUUCAAUUGGGGAACCAACUGGCACCAACAUGGAGGAAUUACAGAUGCAAAUAAAUGAAAUCCAGUCAUUGGAGUCCCAGGUUUCCUUCCUGGCUGGUGUUUUGACUGAAGAUUUGGAAAAAGCCAAACUGCUCUUAAAUGCUGCGAAUGAGAACAUUCCUACCCAAAUCCGCCAUGAUCUGUCUUCGACCUAUGUGGAAUUACAGCACAAUUUUACUGCAGUUUGCCACGAGUGUGCAGAAAGAACUCAGUCGUUGUUUCAAGCCAUGGAAGACAGGAAAGCACAUUUGGAAUCAACAUACCAAAAACAUCUUGCUGAUCUUGAUAUGUUAGUGGGCCUCAUCCAAAACGAGCUCAAUAUGGCAGAUGCAGAUGUCAACGCAUGUGAUGUUGAAGCACUCAAAAGCUGCAUGCAAAAAAACAAGGAUGCUGAGACUCAUCUUCAUCAUGUGGUUCAAUUUAAAUUAGAGGAUGUCACAUUUGCCAUCCAGGGUUUUAUAAGUGAGCACGCUCACUUGUUGAGUCCAUCUCAGAGCAGCUGCCUCCUCAAGUGCCUCAGCAGCACUCAGAGAGCCUUCAGGGACCACGCGGAGCAACUUGUUGCCACAAGGUGUACCUUAGAUGUCCUACUGGACACCAAGGAGAGGGAAGUCCAGAAGAAGUGCAUGUUGGAAAGGCACCAAGAGAUUGCAGACAAGUUAGAGGAAGUGUGCGACGCUCUCACGUUGACUGAGAAUCGUCUGAUUGGUCACCAGCAGCAGGCUAACAAUGCGGAGUGUGUUACAGACCUGCAGCAGUACCAGCAGGAGCAUCAGGCCUUGCAAAAGGAGGCCUUGACAAAUGCCACUGCAUUGAAUGAGGUCAUCACCGGGACUAAAAAGUUUUUGGAGGAAAAUCGAGGAAAGCUGACGGCCGAGCAAACUGCUGACAUUGAGACCAAGUUGGAAGAAGCGAAAAGUAAAGCCAAGCUUAUCCAAAAGCAAGCUGAGGAGUCCAGGAAGGACUUGGAGAAGGUUGUUACCACUGCAAUAAAACAGGAGAGUGAAAAGGCUGCAGCUGUUGAGCGUCUUGAGGAAAGCAAGAAUAAAAUAGAAGGUCUACUUCAGUGGAUCUCAAACAUUGGGGAUAAAAAUGGACAAACUAUUGAUGAAACAGACCUCAUAAGCAAAGAGAAUGGAAACCUGCCAGAGGAAACAUUAGACAAGUUACAGAAAGGAGAGAAGGGUGACGCGAAUGGAAACACCUUGCAUCGAAGUGAAAGUGGUUUUGACGGGCAAAGCGACGCCUGCGUGGAUGUUGACAAGCAAUAUGAACGAGUCAAGGCUCGCCAUCAGGAGAUUCUUUCCCAGCAACAGGAUUUGAUCAUGGCCACUCAGUCAGCCCAAGCUCUUUUGGACAAGCAAACCAAUGUUCUGUCACCACAAGAAAAGGAAAAACUGCAGGAGAACAUUCUGGAACUGAAGGGGCGCUACGACGCCUCCCUCUCCAUAGCUGAGCAGCAGAUGAGGCAGGUGCAGUGUGUCCAGGAGGAGCUAAAGAAGUUCCAUGAUGAUUGCAAAGAGUUUGAAGCCUGGUUAACACAGGCUGAGGGAGAGGUGGAGCAGUUGGGCGCCUCAGCGGGUUCCCUAAAAAUCCUUAAUGAUAAGCUGCUACGACAGAAGAGCUUUUCGGAGGAUGUCAUCUCUCACAAGGGCGACCUUCGUUUUAUCACCAUUUCGGGCCAGAAGGUUCUGGAUGUGGCCAAAGGAUGCGGAGUCACUGACCCAAUGUCUAAAACUGGCCUGAUGCAAGUGGAUACUUCAGGAACCUGUUCUGUUGUCAAAGAUAAACUGGAUUCUGCAGCCAGUCGAUAUAAGACACUUCACUCUCAGUGCCACCGUCUUGGCGAAAAUCUCACUGAUGUUGUCGGCAAGUAUAAGAACUAUGACGACUCCAGCACGGACCUACUUAACUGGCUUGCGAGUUCUGAGGAGGAGGCGAGGAAGCAGCAGUCAGAAGCCAUCGCCGCUGAACCACAAAUUCUGCAGAUACAGCUGGAGGACACCAAGGCUUUACAAGGUCAGAUGAGCGGACAUCAGACGGCUAUUGACGCGCUACGCAAAACAACAGAUUCUUUGAUCUCAUCUGAUGGAAACCUGCUGAGCAACUUAGAUGAGAUCCAGGAGACAGUAGAUGACAUAGUGGAGCGCUAUGACAACUUGUCCAAGUCUGUGAGUGAUCGCAAUGAGAAACUGCAGAUGACUUUGACUCGCUCCAUGAGUGUUCAGGAUGGACUGGAUGAGAUGAUGGGAUGGAUGGAGGGCGUGGAGGCCAGCGUGAAAGAAAAUGGAAAAAUUCCACUCGACUCUGCAUCCAUCAGAGACAUGUUGAGCAAAGAAACGGCCAUCGAGCAGGACAUAGCAAGUCGCCAGAGCAGCAUCUCAGCCAUGAAAUCUAAAGUGAAGAAGUUUGUGGAAACGGCCGACGCCUCCUCAGCGGCACUCCUGCAGUCCAAGAUGGAUGCCCUCACCCACCGCUUCUCGGACGCUUGUGACAAACACAAGCAGAAAGUUUCACGUCUGGAACAGCUGAAAGACAAGGUGGAGCAGUUUGAGAAGGUCGCAGAAAAUGUCCAGCAGUUCAUUGUGAAGCGUUCACAAGAUCUGCAUGAGACUGACGGGCCGGGAAAAACCUUUGAAGAACUCUCUGAGCUAACGCAGAAAACAAAGGCUGAGAUGGUUGAACAUGCCAGUAAUUUGGAGAAGUUGCAGACCUUGUCCAAGGAGCUGUGCGAAAUGAGCAAAGAUGGUAACAGAGCACAGAUCCAGAGCAAAAUGGACAAUCUCUCAAACAUCUUCAGCACCUUCAAAGACACGCUCAAAGAAAAGGAGGAGGAGGUAUCAUUCUGUCAGGACCUGUUAGGAGAAUUCAGGUCUGCGGCCGGUGCUCUCAGCAAGUGGCUGGAAGUGACUAAUGAGAAGGUGCCUGUGGUGCAGAAAAGUUGCAGCGCUAAAAGUUUGGAGAAGGACCUCCAAAUAGUUUCUGAAUUACUGGAAGAAUGGACGUCUAAAGGCCCUGCUGUGCAGGACCUGAACAGCAGAGGAUCUUCACUUUGCAGUCACCUUGCUAUUCUCACAUCCCCUGCCAAAGCCAAGAUUCCUAACAAGACAGCACUUACUAAUGGUGGUGGUCCAGCGAGCCAUUCCUACCUAACCAAUAAAGAGCUGAUGACAAUUCAGCAAAAUAUGUCAUUCGUCAAUGAGGGCUAUUCCUGUCUGGGUGACACUCUGAAGAGCCGAACAGCCGAGCUGAAUCGAUCGGUGCGGGAGCUGAAGGAUGCCAAAAAGGAGACCGAAAACAUGAUGACAUGGCUGGAGGAUAUGAAAAAGACGGCAGCUUCGUGGAAGAACGGUGCCACAGAGAAAGAUGCAGUGAAAACACAACUUGAACAGCAGAAGGUGUUUGAAGAUGACAUGAAGCAGAAGAAAGAGCAGCUCCACAAGCUGAGGGAGAAGCUUAUCGGCUUGAUUGAAACUCAUCCAAACUCACAAGAAGCAGACAAAUGGAAGCAGAUGUUGGCAGAGAUCGAUGCUGCUUGGGCAGAUAUUAGUGGCUCAGUGUUGGAGAGGAAGCAGCACCUGGAGCAGUCCAACAAGAAUCUGGACAUUGUCCAAAGCACUCAACUGCAGCUUGGUCAGUGGCUGUCAGAGAAGGAGCUGAUGAUGAGUGUCCUUGGACCUCUCUCAAUUGACACCAACAUGCUGAAAAUGCAGAAGCAACAAGUCCAGAUCCUCCAGAAUGAAUUCAAGAGCCGUAAGCCUCAGUUCGAGCAACUCAAGGAAGCUGCGUCAGCCAUCUUGAACUCAUCCGAUAACCAGGACCCGUCAAAUGGGAAGCUGGUGAGGGCGCAGCUCACUACUGUCACUGAAAAAUGGCAAGGACUUAUAAGGCAGCUGGAUCAGCGAGACGGCCUCAUCGACCAAGCUGUGGUGAAGACGGGGCAGUUCCAAGAGCUGUUGAGGACCAUCGGCCAGACCGCUGCUCAGCUGGAGGAUGAGCUCAGCAGGUACCAGACCAGCAGCACGCAGCCCGAUGCGGUGAAGAAACGACUGGAGGACGUCCACAACAUCUCGGUCCAGCUGAGAGAGGAGAGGGGGAAGCUGAACGAGGCCGAAGCCGUUCAUGCAGAGCUCAAAGCUAUGGUGACCGAGGACUAUCUCAGAGCUGACUUAGACAGGCAGCUGGAGACUGUUAGCAAACCUCUCCGACAGCUGGAAGAGAGAGCAGCCAAACAGAUUGAGCAGCUGAACUCAACCUUCGCCAGCUCCCAGCAGUUUCACCAAACUUCCAAAGACUUUCAGUCAUGGCUGGCUGAAAAGCUGCAGGACCAGUCGAAGCCUCAGGCCAUCUCUGCCAAAGUGGGCGUCCUUGAAAAAACUCUGGAUGAGCACAGGAACCUGCAGGUGGCGCUCAGUGAACAAGAGGCCACUUACAAUAAAAUAGCGGGCGAAGGUGAGAUGCUUCUGCAAAGCACUGAUGGUGCAGAAAAGCUGGCCCUGCAAGGUCAACUAUCUCUCCUCUCCUCGAACUGGAAGGAGGUGAAGAAGAGCUCUGAGGCACAGGCUGACAAACUUAAAGCUGCCCUGCAGAGAGCUCAGACGUUCGAGGAGCACGUUGAGAAGCUCAACACUUGGGUGAAGGAGUGCGAAGCCAAAGAGGGCCGAGUCAAACUUGCUGUUGAGCCCGUUGCUGUGGAGAACGCUGUAGCUCAGGUCAAAGCUCUUCAGAAGGACGUAGAUAAGCACAGAGGGAUGGUGGAACAGAUGAAUGCUGCCGCAGCCAGCCUUGUCGAGGUGGCUGACACUGACACGGAAGAAAUUACAAAAGAGGCGGCGAGCAUUUCUAAAAGGGUGGAUGGCGUCUUUGAAGGGCUUCAAAACAAAAGAGAAUCCUUGGAAAAGCUCUCACAUACAAUUAAAGAAUUUAACGAAGGCUCCAAAGAGGCCAAGGCUCAUCUUGAGGGAGCUAAGAGGCUCUUAGAAGCUUAUGAAUCCCAGGGAGUGCAGGCCUGCAGCAAUAAGAACUUGACAAACAUGAGAGCACAACAAAAAAGCAUUGAAGGGAUGCGAAACCAAGUGGAACACCUUUCGAGAUUGGCACAGACACUUGUAGUUGAUCUCCCAGAUGCUGAUGGAGUGACUGACUUAUUACUGCAAGCCGACAGCAUAGAAAAGGAUUACAGGAGCCUUAACAAGGAGCUUGAGGAAACAUGCCAGGUCCUGGAGGGAAAAUUGCAGGGCAUUGGGCAGUUCCAAAAUAGCAUCCGGGAGAUGUUCAGCCGCUUCACAGAUCUGGAUGAUGAGUUGGACAGCAUGCCUCCGGUGGAUCUGGACUUGACUGUUCUUAAAGGGCAGCAAGAGAACAUUGAGAGCUUUCUUGCUCAGCUGCAAGAGCUGAUGGUCAACACAGCCAAUGCAGGCGAUGGCUGUAAGGGAAUGCUGGAAACUAACUCCUCACCUGACCUGUUGGGCCUGAAGAGAGAUCUGGAUGCGCUGAACAAACAGUGUGGGAAGUUGAUGGACCGAGCCAAAGGCCGAGAGAGGCAGGUGCAGAGUACUUUGGUCAUGCUGGAGGAGCUCUGUGGAAAACUCCGCCACGUAGAAGAUCAACUCUGCAGAGCUGUGGACAAAGAAGCGUCCCAAGGAGCUGUCGGCAUGGAGACAGACAUCAUCAAGCAACAGCUGGAGGCCUUUAAGGCUUUCCAAAAGGAAGACAUCGACCCAUUGCAGGCCCAACUCCAAGACAUCAACUCCAUCAGUCACGGGCUGAUCCAGAAUGCUGCCAGAGGAACCAAUACGAAGCAGCUUGAGAAUGACCUGGAGAAGGUUAACACCAAGUGGAACACACUUAAUAAAAAGAUUGCCGAGCGCUCAGCCCAGCUGCAUGAAGCCCUGUUGCAUUGUGGAAGGUUCCAUGAUGCUCUGGACUCUCUGCUCAGCUGGUUAACCGACACAGAAGAGCUCAUGGCCAAUCAGAAACCGCCUUCUGCAGAAUUCAAAGUGGUCAAGGCACAGAUACAAGAGCAGAAACUCUUACAGAGGCUGUUGGAUGACCGUAAGCCCACAGUGGAGCUGAUAAAAAACGAAGGGGGGAAGGUUGCAGAACUCGCAGAGUCCGUGGAUAAGGAAAAGGUUGCGAAAGAGAUGCAAUCCCUUGGGCAGAGGUGGGACACUCUGCUCAAGAAAGCUGAGAACAGGCAUAAGCAACUGGAGAGCAUUUUGGUGGUGACUCAGCAAUUCCACGAGACCUUGGAACCUCUGAGCGACUGGCUUGCCGUCACAGAGAAGCGCCUCUCCAACUCGGAACCAAUUGGCACAGAAACGUCAAAGCUGGAAGAACAGCUCUCCAAUCAUAAAGCCAUAGAAGAGGAGAUUAUGAAUCACAGUAAAGACCUGUUUCAUGCGGUCAGUCUGGGUCAGAUGCUCAAAGCUGUGAGCUCAGUUGAUGACAAGGAAUUUGUUCAGUCCAAGCUGGACGCCACGCAGGCCGCUUACAUCGAGCUGCAGGAGCGCUGCAGGAGGAAAGCAGAGUUGCUGCAGCAGGCCCUGGCCAACGCCCAGCUCUUUGGAGAGGACGAGGUGGCGCUCAUGAACUGGCUCAGCGAGGCACAUGCACGGUUGAGUGAGGUGUCCGUGGAAGACUACCUAGUAGACACACUUGAAAAGCAGAUGGCAGAGCAACUGGCUCUACAAAAUGAUAUUGAAUUGAGGAAGAAGAAUGUUGAUCAAGCCCUUUUCAAUGGGAUGGAACUAUUGAAGCAAACAACAGGUGAUGAGGUUGUUGUUAUCCAAGGGAAAUUGGAUGGAAUAAAAACAAAAUAUGCUGAGAUCGCCUCUAUGAGUGAAAAUGUUUUGAACACACUGGAGUGUGUUUUGAGUCUUUCCACAAAGCUGCACCAUACACAUGAGGAUCUGAGCUCCUGGCUGGUGAAGGCAGAGGCGCACAUCAGUUCUUAUGUAUAUCAGGAGCCUAACGGCGAGCAGCUCACUCAAGCCCAAAACAUUCAAAAGACCUUGCUAACAGAGACUAAAGACAAAAAAGCUGCAGUGGACAAGCUGAAUGAAUUGAGUACUUCCCUGCUGGAUCUCAUUCCCUGGCACACCCGAGAAGGUCUUGACAAGCUGGUGACGGAGGACAAUGAGCGGUACAAAGCUGUCUGUGACAGCAUCACUCAGCAGGUCGACCGGAUCAACGCUGACAUUCUCAAGUCGCAGCAGUUUGAAGAGGCAGCAAAUUCUGAACUAGCGUGGCUUACGGAUGCUGAAAGCAAGCUACUCUCAAUUGGGGAGAUCAAAUUGGAGCAAGACCAAACUGCAGCCCAGAUACAAGCACAUAAGGUCUUUUCUAUGGAUAUCAUGAGGCACAAAGACUCUGUGGAUGCAAUAGUAAAAACGGGAAAAGCCAUUAUGAGUAGCAAAAAGCCAGAGGAAAAGGAACUAUUAAAGGCCAAGACCCAGACUCUUGUAGAGAAGUGUGGUGUGGUGAGUCAUCUGAACUCAGAGCGCAGUCUGCAGCUGGAAAGAGCGCAGUCUCUUGCAAGCCAGUUUUGGGAAACCUAUGAAGAAUUGUCACCAUGGCUUCAGGAAACCCUGAAGGCCUUCAACCAGUUGCCUCCGCCCGCCAUCGAGUACGACACACUCAGGCAGCAACAAGAGGAACUCAGGCAAAUGCGAGAGCUGAUUGCCGAGCACAAACCACAUAUAGACAAGAUGAAUAAGACGGGACCUCAGUUACUGGAACUGAGCCCAAAGGAAGGACUGCCCAUCAGGGAGAAGUACACCACGUCCGAACAGCUCUACACCAAACUGAAGACGGAUGUCAAACAGAGAGCUGCCGAGCUGGAUGAGGCCAUCUCCAAAUCAACUCAGUUCCAUGAUAAAAUCGACCCCAUGCUGGAAUCCCUGGAGCGGAUUGCCGAGCGCCUACGUCAGCCUCCCUCCAUUUCAGUGGAGGUGGACAAGAUCAAGGAGCAGAUAACAGAGAACAAAUGUCUCAGCGUGGACCUGGAGAAACUGCAGCCUUCCUAUGAGACCCUGAAGCAGCGAGGCGAAGAGAUGAUUGCACGGUCAGAGGAUCGAGAAUUAUCUGCCAAAGCUGUUCAAGACAAACUGGACCAUAUGGUGUUCCUAUGGACCGAUGUUCAAGUCUUACUGGAGGAGCGAGAGGCCAAGCUGUUGGAUGUGAUGGACCUGGCUGAAAGGUUCUGGUGCGACCACUGCGCUCUGAUCGCCACCAUCAAGGACAGCCAAGACCUGCUUAGGGAGCUGGAGGAGCCUGGAGUGGAUCCUUCAGUUGUCAAACAGCAGCAGGAGUUUGUUGAGGGUUUUAAAGAGGAGAUCGAUGGGCUUCAAGAGGAGCUGGAUUCAGUUAGAAACCAGGGCUCUGAGCUCAUGACAGCAUGUGGAGAACCUGACAAGCCUGUGAUAAAGAAAAGCAUUGACGAGGUGAACUCGGCAUGGGAAAACCUCAACAAGACUUGGAAAGACCGAGUCGAGAGGCUGGAGGAGGCCAUGCAGGGUGCGUUGCAGUUUCAGGAUGGCCUGCAGGGUAUGUUUGAUUGGGUGGAUAUCUUGGAGGGCAAAUUGGACUCCAUGUCCCCUGUGGGCACAGAUCUUGAAACUGUCAAGCAGCAGAUUGUUGAGCUCAAGGAGUUCAAAGUCGAGGCGUACCAGCUGCAGAUCGAGAUGGAGCGCUUGAACCACCAAGCGGGGCUCCUGCUCAAGAAGGUAACAGAGGAGUCUGACCGCUGCACCAUCCAGGAGCCUAUGUACGAGCUAAGGAUGCUGUGGGGAAACCUGGAUGAGAAGAUCAUCAGCCGGCAGCACAAACUUGAGGGAGGCCUUCUGGCACUGGGACAGUUCCAGCAUGCACUGGACGAGCUGCUGGCCUGGAUGAACCACACCGAGGAGCUGCUCAACGAGCAGAGAAAGGCAGGAGGAGACCCCAAGGCCAUUGAGAUUGAGCUGGCUAAGCAUCAUGUCCUCCAAAUUGACGUACUGGCUCACAAGUCAACAGUUGAAACGGUGAAAAAAGCGGGGAAUGAGCUAGUGCAAUCCAGUGCCGGAGAGGAAGCCUCUUGCUUGAGGAAUAAACUGGAGGACCUCGACCAGCGCUGGAAGGCCAUCCUGGAGAAGACGGAGCAGAGGAAGCAGCAGUUGGAAAGUGCUCUGCUUCAGGCCCAGGGUUUCCAUGGUGAGGUGGAAGAUAUGCUGCAAUGGCUGAAAGACACCGAACGUCAGCUGCUGGCAUCAAAGGCUGUGGGAGGCUUACCAGACACAGCCCGCGAGCAGCUUAACGCCCAUCUGGAGUUGUGUUCUGCCUUUGGUGUGAAGGAGGAGCUGUACCGGGAGCUGAUGGCCAAAGGUCAACAGCUGCUCGCGAUGACACCCGAGGGCAACACGGAGCAAGACCUCGCCAACCUGAAAGACAAAUGGGAAUCGGCGCAGGCCAAAGUUGCUGAGAGGAAGGUGAAACUGGAGGAGGCCUUGACCCAGGCCACGGAUUUCCACAACUCUCUGCAGGACUUCAUCAACUGGCUGACCCAAGCAGAGCAGACGCUGAACAUGGUGUCUCCCGCCUCUCUGAUUCUGGAAACGAUCCAGUUUCAAAUUGAUGAGCAUAAGAUGUUCGUGACAGAGGUCAACUCUCACAGAGAUGACAUCAUCGAACUGGACAAGACAGGCACGCAUCUGAAGUACUUCAGCCAGAAGCAGGACGUGGUUCUCAUUAAGAACCUGCUCCUCAGUGUGCAAGGUCGCUGGGAGAAGCUGGUGCAGCGAUCUGUGGAACGUGGUCGUGUUUUGGACGAUGCCAGGAAAAGAGCGAAACAGUUCCAUGAAAACUGGAGUAAACUGAUGGAGUGGUUGGAUGAAUCUGAGAAGACGCUGGACUCUGAGGUGGAAAUCGCCAAUGAGCCAGACAAACUCAAGAAGCAGCUGUCGCAACACAAGGAGUUCCAGAAGGCUUUGGGCAGUAAGCAUUCGGUGUAUGAUACCACCUCACGAACGGGACGAGCCCUCAAGGACAAGACCUCACUUCAGGACGAUAAUCAGAAACUGGACGACAUGCUGAGCGAACUGAGGGACAAAUGGGACACUGUUUGUGGAAAGUCCAUAGAGAGGCAAAACAAGCUGGAGGAGGCCCUGCUGUUCUCCGGCCAGUUCAAAGACGCUCUGCAGGCUCUCAUUGACUGGCUGUACAGGGUGGAGCCUCAGAUGGCUGAGGACCAGCCAGUUCAUGGAGACAUCGACCUGAUUUUGAACCUGAUUCACAACCACAAGGCUUUCCAGAAGGAGCUUGGAAAGAGGACGGUCAGCAUCCAGGCCCUCAAACGCUCGGCCAGAGAGCUGAUUGACACCAGUCACGAUGACUCCUCCUGGGUCAAAGUUCAGAUGCAGGAGCUGAGCACUCGUUGGGAGACAGUAUGCAACCUCUCGGUGUCCAAGCAGGCGCGUCUGGAGCAGGCCUUGUGCCAGGCUGAGGAGUUUCACUCCACCGUUCACAUCCUGCUGGACUGGCUGGCCGAGGCCGAGCAGAGUUUGCGUUUCCACGGCAGCCUACCUGAUGAUGAAGAGGCUCUAUGUGCACUUAUCGACCAGCACAAGGAAUUCAUGAAAAAACUGGAAGAAAAGCGUGUUGCUCUCAAUAAAGCCAUUAGUCUGGGCGAGGCUAUUCUGAGUAUCUGUCAUCCUGACUCCAUUACAACCAUCAAACACUGGAACACGAUCAUUAAAGCUCGGUUUGAAGAGGUGCAAGCCUGGGCCAGGCAGCACCAGCAACGACUGGCCGCAGCCCUCAGCGAGUUCUUAGCCACUCAGGAACUGCUGGAAAACCUUUUGACUUGGCUGCAAUGGGCCGAGUUGAACCUGAGCGACAAAGACAAAGAAGUCCUACCACAGGAGCUCCAGGAGGUCAAAAGUCUCAUAGCAGAACACCAGGCUUUUAUGGAGGAAAUGACCAGGAAGCAACCAGAUGUUGACAAAAUCACAAAGACACACAAAAGGAAGGCUGCUCUGGAGCCUCAGAUCCACUCUCAGAUCCCCGUGCUGGACAAAGGAAGAGCUGGAAGAAAACGUUCUCCUACUCAAACCAUGUAUGCGUCAGCGACACAAGCACCCAUCGAAACCAAGAACCCGCGGGUUAACCAGCUGGUCAGUAAGUGGCAGCACGUGUGGCUGCUGGCUCUGGACAGGAGAAGGAAACUCAAUGAUGCUUUGGACAGAUUGGAGGAGUUGAAAGAGUUUGCCAACUUUGACUUUGACGUUUGGCGGAAGCGCUACAUGCGCUGGAUGAACCACAAAAAGUCUCGCGUCAUGGACUUCUUCCGGCGCAUUGACAAAGAUCAGGAUGGCAAAGUCACAAGGCAGGAGUUCAUCGAGGGCAUCCUGUCCUCCAAAUUCCCCACAAGUCGACUGGAGAUGAGCGCUGUGGCAGACAUAUUUGACCGGGACGGUGACGGCUACAUCGAUUACUACGAGUUUGUUGCUGCUCUUCAUCCCAACAAGGAUGCCUACAAACCUCUGACAGAUGCCGACAAGAUCGAAGAUGAGGUGACGCGUCAAGUGGCCAAAUGCAAAUGUCCGAAACGGUUUCAAGUGGAGCAAAUUGGUGCCAACAAGUACAGGUUUUACCUUGGAAACCAGUUUGGUCUGGUUCACUGCUUACAUGACUCCAUAGUCGGCGAUGAGACAAUAGCAAACAGGGAAAAUCAAAAUCUAACCCCUCACCUGCACGUUGCAGUUUUGGAAAGCUGUAUCCUGUUUGGAGAUUCCCAGCAGCUGCGUCUGGUGCGCAUCCUGCGCAGCACUGUCAUGGUGCGAGUGGGCGGAGGCUGGAUGGCGCUGGAUGAGUUCCUGGUGAAGAACGACCCCUGUCGAGUUCAUCACCACGGGAGCAAAAUGUUGCGCUCGGAAUCAAACUCGUCGAUUACUCAGUCUCCUAUAGGUUGGCAAAUCUCACACAUUCUCACCCUGCUCCAUGAACCCACCAGUGCCAAAGGCCGGACCAACAUGGAGCUGCGAGAAAAGUUCAUGGUCCCCGAGGGCACCACGCAGGUGAUGGCCAGCUUCCGUUACCGGGGCAGACGCUCUCGGCCCUCGUCGAGGGCUGCGUCGCCCAACAGGUCCAUGUCAAGCCAAAGUUGCAUCGUCCCAUCCAACCCGGCGGUGAACAGCACUCCCAAGACGUGCCAACACAUAAGCCGCAAUUAUGAUAAGCCAUGGCUUACAAACAGCAAACCCUCCACUCCAAUUAAAUCAUCCGACUCCUUCGGGAGCCCAGAUUCAUCCUCAGAGACAACACCAGUUCAGGGCAGUAAAUUGCGUCUUCCAGGCUACUUGUCGGGAAAAGGAUUUCAGUCAAGCGAUGAGGGAACGUUGAUCAACGCCGCCGUACUCAAAGCUCGGGGUCAGGUGCUCGGCGAAUCGAGGCGAAGCUCGAGCCGACCUGGUAGCAAAGCGGGAAGCAGAGGCAGCAGUCGUAGAGGCAGCGACGCCUCAGACUUCGACAUCUCAGACAUCCAGUCGGUGUGCUCGGAUGCAUCGGAGACGGUCGGGGACGGGGCGCGGAGCACCCCGCGUUUGGUGUCCCGCCAACACGGAGGGAAGCCCUCCAAGAUCCCCACACCUCAGAGAAGAAGCACUCCCACGAGCAAACUUGCCAAGGGAUCCAAACGAUAGAACAAAUGGAAUGCCACAAACACUGGAAUUAUGGAAGACUGCAAAUGUGCUGAUUGUUAUUUAAAUUGUUGCUGAGUUGUAAAAUAUUCUUUUUGAGAGGCAAGAUGAUUGUGUAGUAUGCGUGGAUGCAAUGGUGAUGGCCUUGUGUACUUGUUUUUAAUGUAUUUAAUUUUUUUGUGAGAUUGUCAAAUGCUUUUUUGUUUGUUUUUUCUACUGUAUCUUAUUUGAUGGAGCCUGUCAUAGUCUGAUGGUCUCUUGGAAAUAGCGCUCGGGAGAAGUUACUGUCCUUUGGUCACGUAUGUGUUCUGGACUCUGGAGUAGCUUCCCGCUACUGUGUGUGUGCGCGCGUGUGCGUGUGUGUGUGUGUGUGUGGCAUUGCAAAUAUGUAUUUAUUAAAGUGCUAACAAUGUACUUUCAAGGGCAAUGCAAUAUAACUAUAUGGUAAGCACUGCGGAAACCUUUAACAACACUACAAGUAGCAGACACCUUGCAGUCACAAAGUCCUCUGUUUGCAGAUGACUUUGCAGCAACAUGUGAGCCCCACCGCGUUGACGUUCUAUGUAGGCACGUCGCUUCAUUUCAGUUGUUACGAUAACAUUAUUACUUUGUAAUAAACCUUGCUUGCACAAAGCUAACAGAAACUGA